UGUGAGGCAAGAGCGAAAUUAAAGCAGGCAUUUUUUUUAUUCCAUUUUUGUUUAAUCCCACUGAUUUCUGAGGGGAUUAUCAGACCAGGCAUGAUUGAGAGACCGCUGACUCGCCUGACACCGCUCGGAGCUACGUAGAGCGACAGAGAAAGAGGGAGAGUGAAAACAGAACCUCAGAAUCUGGAGAAACAUUUGGAAAUCUUGUUAUUAUCAUUAUUAUUUCAUCCACGGGGACGUCGCUCGUCUUGCCUGUUGGUGACGCGAGGAUGCGCGCUGCAAUAACUGCACGCUUGGCGCAGCUUUUUAUUAUGGAGGGCAACUUUAAUUUGUGCGGUUGCCCCAGAAUUUAUGGCAACUUUCUCGUGACCAUCGACGCUGGGAUUGCAUGUCAAAGUACGCCGUCUUCAGUAAAAGUGCAGAAUCUCUUUGGACUUUCUUGUGCAUGACUAGCCAAUGGAGGAAGAGAAAGCCGCUGAUAAUAUCCAAUCAAAAUCCGGCUCCCCUUUGCCCACCGGGCUUCCCAUAAACUGGGGACUCGUUACUGGGCCUGUUCCUGAGCCUGUUUUCCCACCCACCACUACUUUGAAUACUUCUCUUCCUCCCCCUGCUCAAAGUUCAGCUGUGCACGCCCUGCAGACCAAGGUGAAGUCGAUCACGCAGAGAAGAACAAGGGGAAGAGACAGGGAGAAAGACAGAGAAAGAUUUGACACGGAGGUGCUGGUGAGCAACCCAGCGGGGCACAUUUCAUCUGAAGUCCUCCUUAGACAGAGACCCAAAGUGAAAGGCCAGCUGUUUCUGCCUGCUCCCUCCUGGCGAUCAGGUGGUGCAAAGGACUUAAGCAGCAGUGAUGAAGAGGAGGAGGUAGAGGUACAAGUCAGUCUGGAGAUCCACAGUCCUCCCGCUGAAGCACAAGUUGUACAGCAGGGGGAGGAAGUGGAAGAGGAGCAGUCAGAAAACAAUGAUGGACAGGUCAGUCAUCCAACAGGUCAGCCUUGUGGGCUUGGAGAGGGCACCAGUCUGGAGAGUCUUCUGUCUGACAACUCAAGCACUAGCAAGGAUGGCCCAUCCCCUUCCCCUCCUCCUCUUCCACCACCACCUGUGCUCUCCUCCAACAUCUCUGCUUCUACAACAUCGUCCUUUACUUCUUCCACUUCUUCUCCUUCAGCAAGACACUGGGCCCCUCCAAAGGGCUUCUGGAGAGUAGCACGUCCAGAAACGUUGCUUCUCAAUGGGGUUGACCCUCACAAUACACCCCCCACAUUACCACUAAAGGACUACACUCGGACAGAGGCACUAGCAGAGCCUCAGAGGAAGCCUAAACUGGCUGAAGCAGGCAACAAGAAUGAUGUGGGAGGUCUGGCGAAUGACUAUGAUGUGUCUUCUGAAAUCCAAAACUCUAAUAGUGUGGAGUGGUACCUGGACAAGUAUGAGCAGAGGGAGACAGAUGUGACUGAUCCCAAUAAAGGACUGUGCAGUUCAGACAGCUCGGAGAGCAUGUCUUCACAAAGUGGAGUCCUUUGCGCUGAUGAUAAACUGAGGGUGAAGGAGAGGGCCUAUGCAAAGUUAAGGGAAAGACAACAACACUACAGGGAAGUGAGAGAACUGCACGAAGGAGAAAUCACUGGCUAUUACGAAGAAACAACGUACAGAGUGGAUUAUAAUGUUGCAGGUGCCCAUCCUGUUUUGGACACCUCACACUCAGCCAUUCUGGCCCAGGAACUUGAACCCUAUUUAAGGUCACUUCUUGUAAUCAGCGAUGAACUACCUCUAAGCCCAAGACACGAGCAGGCCAAGCUUCUUCUGGAGCGAGCAAGACUCAAGGCUCGCUCCAAUCACAUCAAAGGCGAUCGCCCCAGCAGACGCUCCCAUUCUGAUCAAAGAUCCACCGUGAGGAAACAGCAGGUUGAAUCUCCCAGUCCAACAACAGUACAAAAAGCUGUUCAAACCAAAGAAGAGCUCCCAGCUCAAGUCUCAUCUGGUCCCCUGCUUGUCCCCAGUCAGAGAGACACUUCGCCCAGCGACCAAGUAGGUCGAACCAGAAGGUACGGUUGCUCACCCACCCGUGUACGCUUUGAGGAUGAAUCGGAAAAAGAAGCAGAGUCUCGCUACUUGGACAGAGUGAGACAGCGUGGCAGGCCCGGGACGCCCAGGUUCAAGAGUAAAGACAGCAAUAUAGAUUCCAGCAGCAGUGGCUCAGAGAGGAACAGAAACCACAGAAGUGUUUCUAUGCCUCCUAUACAGAAGCAAGAGGAUGAGCCUGCUGUUGGUGAAACCACAACAGUGGUUAAAGAGAUAAUAGUGCUGGUGAAGAAAUGUGAAUCAUGUGGUUCUGUGGUAAGGGAACCUCAGCCAGUUUCAUCGCCACCAGAUCCAAAGCACGCUGAGCCUCAGCAGCCUGGUAACCCUGAGGACCCAAGAGGAAAAGUGGCUCCUCGCUGGGUGUCACCAAACAAAGCGGAGGCAAGUACUCGUCCUAAAGCUCCUCUUACUGUCACCUUCGCCGGCGCUUAUGUUUUGGGGGAAAAUAGAGAAAUUAGUACAGGAUGGAAGUCAUCAGGGUUUGGGAAACUUAGGAGAAGGAGCAGGAAAGGAGAAAGUCGGUUAGAGUCUGGUCAUGGUCCUUAUGGCCCGUCGUGGGCUCAGCGGCGUAACUCAAAUCCACGUAACAGAGUCAACCUGAGCAGAGCUGUUUCAUUUGCACCUGGUAGCCCCAUUUCUCUGGAGCCACGUUUGCUUGAAGCAUCUGGUGGACUAAGGGAGUCACCAACCCCUGCAUUACCUAUCAAGUCAGCUCUGAAGUCAAGCUCAAGAAAUCGCUCUGCUGCUGGUCAGUCCACGGUUCAGUUCCAGAUGACCUCAAAUCAGGGAGGAGAGGGUGGAGCCCAAUCUCUGCUGGAUUCUCCAGACACAAGGAGGGAGUCUCCAGCAUCUUUAACCCCAGGGGUGCCUGCUACUAGCAGCCCAGUGUCCUGCAUUAGACCCUCUACUCUGAGGUACUCCCCAGCCAGGCUAGCCACAGACCUGCACUGUAUACCCAGCCAGGCUCUGAACUCUGGUGAGUGGCAACAGAAUGCCACCCAUUAUACGCUUACCAGGUGCAGGUGA